CCGCAGCCGCAGGCGAUGAAGCGCUUCUUCCAGCCCGUGCCCAAGGACGGCUCCCCCGCCAAGAAGAGGCCCACCGGGGCCGCCGCCUCUGACUGCGUCGAUGGCCCCGACGCCACCGCGGCCAGCGCCGGCGGCGGGGAGGGGGCUCCCUGCGAGGAGCCGCGCAGGUUCGUAACGUGGAACGCCAACAGCCUUCUCCUCCGGAUGAAGAGCGACUGGUCCGCGUUCUGUCAGUUCGUCGCCCGCCUUGACCCCGACGUCAUCUGCAUCCAGGAAGUGCGAAUGCCUGCAGCUGGUUCAAAAGGGGGACCAAAAAAUCCUAGUGAGCUAAAAGACGACACAAGCUCGUCUCGUGAAGAAAAACAGACUGUGCUGCGUGCUUUGUCGAGUUCACCUUUCAAAGACUACCGUGUCUGGUGGUCCCUUUCAGAAUCAAAAUAUGCAGGCACAGCUGUGUUUGUGAAGAAGAAGUUUGAACCAAAGAAAGUGUCAUUCAACUUGGAUAGAAGAUCUUCGAAGCAUGAGGCAGAUGGCCGUGUCAUCAUUGUGGAAUUUGAAUCAUUGUUGUUACUAAACACAUAUGCUCCAAACAAUGGGUGGAAAGAGGAGGAAAAUUCAUUUCAAAGAAGAAGAAAGUGGGAUAAAAGAAUGUUGGAGUUUGUUCAACAAGUAGACAAGCCCUUAAUCUGGUGUGGAGACUUGAACGUUAGUCACGAUGAGAUCGAUGUCAGCCAUCCUGAUUUUUUUAGCAGUGCUAAGCUCAAUGGAUAUAUCCCUCCAAAUAAAGAGGACUGUGGGCAGCCAGGGUUCACCCUGGCCGAGAGACAGCGGUUUGGCAAUUUAUUGUCCCAGGGAAAGCUGGUAGAUGCUUACAGAUACCUGCACAAAGAAAAAGAUAUGGAGUGUGGCUUCUCUUGGUCUGGGAAUCCAAUUGGGAAGUACCGAGGAAAGAGAAUGCGUAUUGAUUAUUUCAUUGUUUCAGAACGGUUGAAGGACAGAAUAGAUUCAUGUAAAAUGCAUGGUCAUGGAAUUGAAUUGGAAGGAUUUUAUGGAAGUGAUCACUGUCCUGUUUCACUUGAACUCUCCAAAGAAACAGUGGAAGCAUCAGAAUUGAAGAGCUCCGUCUGAGUUCUAUGUAUUGGUCUUAACGGGUCAUCAUGGAUUAAUUGAUUAUUAGGUUAGUUCAGGUGUAGCGUCUGUGGUUGGCCUCUCAUGAGAUAUUUGUGUAUUUUUAUGUGACCUGCAUUAUUAGUUUAAACAUUUCCUGUGACCAGAUCUGCUACACAUUCCGACAAUUGACCUCUUCUUAAGUUUGAGAGUUAUGGUGAGUAGGACCGGGCGAUUUUGUUAACCGGGUAAAAGGAGUUUGGCAACGUGAGAAGCAGGGUAGGACAACAAUUGAGGGCUGGCAAUUUGAAAUAUGCACACUUCUUCAUUUUUUGUGAGGGUGGAUGGAAAUAUGUAAACAAUAAAGAAAAGAAAAGGCUAUUGGCAAUUAUUGAUGAACUUGAUAAAAGGCUGAAACCUUGCGCCUAACCAACUUUGAGGUUGGCGUUAAACGGUUGUAGCGUGCGGCGACGUUCUUUGGAGAGGAUGGCGAAGCUAAUUCAAGAAGGGGAGACCUGCUGGAAACACAGAGCCAAGUUCGGGAAUGUUAAAUAGGUUUUUUUAAAGGUUCAGUAUGUUAAAGGGUGG